CGGCGCCCACACCUCCUUCGGCGCCCUUGCUCGGCAACCCAAGCCCUGGGCUCCCGCUUGGGAUUCGUACGCCGCGUGGUCGUCUCUUGGGAAUUUUUCUUGCUUUGUCACUUUUUUGUUUCUCGCUGUCAUUUUUCUCUCGUUUUCUCUGUUCCCUCAUUGUUACGCACGCCCAAAGACUACUCCUCGGAGAAGCGUCAAUACGGAGGUGGAGCAGGGAAUCAAGUAUCAACCCGGAAGAAGUGACCCAGGAAGUGAAAGCGGUUCCGUGUCUGUCGGGAUGAACCGCAGCGGGUUACAGAAGGUUCCGACCUCAGUAAGGGAAGCCAACACUUUUCUUCUUUAUUUUAGAUGCUGAGAUGAAUCGUCACCUCUAUGUUUGGCUUUUUAGACAUCCAUCUCUUCAGUGUCACAUCUACCCCCUUUCUCAUCAAUUUAGACAGAUACAUCUUGAUAGAAGGCUGUGGGGUUUUAUACAAAACAGGUAUCACGUUCUCCAUCAUCUGCUAAAUAAGAAUUGUUCCAGGAGAUAUUGUCAUCAGGACAGCAGGAUGCUCUGGAAGCAUAAGGCACUACAGAAAUAUAUGGAGGACCUGAAUAAGGAGUACCAAACGCUUGAUCAGUGUUUGAAGAAUAUCUCUGUGAAUCAAGGGGACCAAAGAGCGUUGAGUCGAAGGCACGCUGAGUUGGCGCCACUUGCAGCCAUUUACCAAGAAAUUCAGGAGGCCGAACAAGCAAUUGAAGAGUUAGAAUCAAUGUAUAAAAGUCUAAAUAAACAAGAUGAAAAGCAGUUACAAGAACUUGCAUUGGAAGAGAGGCAAACCAUCUCUCAAAAAAUCAACACGUUAUACAGUGAGUUUUGCCAGAGUCUAGUGCCAAAGGAGAAAUAUGACAAAAAUGAUGUCAUUUUAGAAGUGACAUCUGGAAGAACCACUGGAGGUGAUAUCUGCCAACAAUUUACUCGGGAAAUAUUUGACAUGUACCAGAAUUAUUCAAGCUACAAACACUGGAAAUUUGAACUUCUCAAUUAUACACCUGCUGACUAUGGUGGGCUACAUCAUGCAGCUGCUCGAAUUUCCGGUGACCAUGUCUUUAAGCAUUUGAAGUAUGAAGGUGGGAUUCACCGAGUUCAGCGCAUCCCUGAGGUGGGCCUGUCAUCCAGGAUGCAGCGUAUCCACACAGGGACAAUGUCAGUCAUUGUCCUCCCUCAACCCGAUGAGGUAGAUGUGAAAGUGGACCCCAAGGAUUUGCGAAUAGCUACGUUUCGCGCCAAAGGAGCAGGGGGGCAGCAUGUGAACACAACUGAUAGUGCUGUCAGACUCGUCCACGUCCCCACGGGGCUUGUAGUAGAAUGCCAACAAGAACGAUCACAGAUAAAAAAUAAAGAAAUAGCUUUGCGUGUGUUGAGAGCAAGACUCUACCAGCAGAUUAUUGAGAAAGACAGGUGUCACCAGCAGAGUGCCAGAAAACUGCAGGUGGGAACGAGAGCCCAGUCAGAGAGAAUUCGGACAUAUAAUUUCACCCAGGAUAGAGUCACUGACCACAGGAUAGCAUAUGAAGUUCGUGACAUUAAGAGAUUUUUAUGUGGGGAGAAGUGCCUGGAUCAGCUAAUUCAGACACUGCUUCAGUCAGCAGAUGAAGAAGCCAUUAUUGAAUUGUUGGAUGAAAACCUUAAAUCGGCAAAGUGAAUGCGGAUUUAUUAUUUAUUAUUACAUAAAUGAAACGGACCUGCGUCAAGAAGCAAACUGAGGCGUGGGAAUCUUUGUGAAUGUUCAUAAAGUAUAGCUAAAAACACGUACUUACUAAUGUAUUUUUAAAUAAAUCUAAACACAUUUCUUGACCGAAGAGAUUAUUCUAGGUUUCCUGUAAACUGCAGUCCAACUCUUCAAGUAGAGAACAAGCAUGAAUCGUUGAAAAGAGUAAGUUUCGAGAAUUAUGUGAUGUAGAACAGGUCGCUAGUUCUAUUUAUAUGCCUUUUAAAAAACCAUCUAUAAAUUAAACAUUUUCAUCUAUUACCUCAGGACAUUAUAACAUGGUAAAAUUUAGUGAGAUUUAUAAACUUCGUAAAUCCCUAUUUAAAAACAAA